UACUGUGAAUGACUUGUACCUAUUUAAAAUUUGUUGUUUUUAUUGAUGGUUUUUAUUAAUUAUAGUUACUGACGAAAGGGUUUUAUCUCAUAAAUAGUAUAGAACACUAUAAGGUCUUUGUUAGUCAUGGCUGGUUAUUUUGAAGAGAUGGGAUGGUCAGAAUUGGCAGAUGGGCAACAACCAAAUCAUUUACUACAUAUGGCUAGAUUUCUUAUUGAUUUUGGAAUGUAUGAAGACAAUUUUUCUGGAGAGUGGCCAAGGUUACCGCCUCCUGCUUCUAAAGAAGCUGUAAAAAAUUUGCCUGAGGUUACAACAGAAGGUGAUAGCACAAGCUGUCCCAUCUGCCUGAAAAAUUUUCAAGUUGGUGAAAAAGCAAAAGAGAUGCCAUGUCUUCACAUGUUCCAUUCUUCCUGUAUAUUGAAGUGGUUGGAAAGGACAAAUUCAUGCCCUUUUUGUCGGUUUGAGCUACCUACAGAUGAUGAAGGUUAUGAGGCUUUUAAAAAAGAGAAAAAGCGAUCUGAACAAAGAAAAGAAGAUUUAGAUACAUUGCAUAAUUCAAUGUUCAGUUAAUUUUUAUAUAUUUUUUAAUUUAGUGGGUGUGGUGUCUAAAUAAGUAAGUAAGUAUUAUAAAUAGAUCUAUGGGUUAAAGUUCUGCAGCAUUUAAAGACAGUCAAAUGGAGCAAUAUGUUACUGUGAAAAUUACAAGAGAGCAUUUUAUACAGUUUUCGAGAUGUUUCUUCAAAAGUGCAUGUGUUAUAUCUUAAUUUCCAAACAUAAAAUUAUACCCAAAUAAGACUCAACAUAAAAUAUAAUGUACUGUUGUUAUAUAAGUAUAAGAAAUGCCUAUUUGAAACCUACAAGAGAGAAAUACGUAAUGUAUAUCUUAAAAUAUAUAAGCUGUAUAUAAUAAAAAAAAUAUUUUAUAGAUAUAGAUUCAUACACAGCAUGUUCCAUGAUUUGUCACUAUAAUAUUGAGUUCUAAUUUGAAAAUAAUGUCAUCAACAACAACAAUCAACAAAUACUGAAAUACGAUUCCAUAACAGAUUGUGUUUUUUUUCGUGUGUUCUUUAUUAGAAAAAAUAUAUAUUUAUCAUAUUGUAAUUUACAUUCCUAUAUUAAAUGUCACUGUUAUCAGUA